CUUGAUGCGCAAGGUUGCUUCUGUAAAAGCCUGUGUGUGCCAUCCCCGCCUUCACCUCUCACUAUCUCGAGGUCGCAGGCUUCUUCAUCUCCGUCAUCCCACAAUCUUCACCGACAUUUCCAAGAUCACCUUGUUUAGCAUCUCGUGCUCUAUUCCCUGAUUUCAGACGAUUCUGAUCGCUCUUGCCUUUGCGUAUCGAGUCGGCGCAUAGUCGAUCGGAGCCUACGCAGCCAAAGGCGCAACUGCGACAGCCAGCUCCCAGCCUCUUGUUGUCUGCUACUUAUUCACCGCGAUCCGAUUCUUAAUCGCCAUCUCAGUCUUCACAUCGCCCAUACCUCCGUCUCGCUUGGCUACUUGCUGUCCGGUGCCUCUGUCGCUGUCGCGACCCGAUUUUCUCCCGACGUUCCACGGUGACCACCUCAGCCAUGGAGCAAAACCAGAAGAACACUGGUCCUCCAAUAUACGACAUCAGCCAAGGAGGGCACUAUGGAGCAAGCGCUGCUUUAUCUGCCCAAGGAUAUGUUCCUCACACGGAGUUAUACUCAGGGCUGUGGUCAAAUAUCAACCAAGGUCUCACCGGUCCAUCACGCGAGAUCCUAGCCACCUAUUGGCAGCAGACCAUCAACCAUCUCGAAACCGACACUCACGACUUCAAGAUACAUCAGCUUCCGCUCGCAAGGAUCAAGAAGGUCAUGAAAGCAGAUCCAGAAGUUAAGAUGAUAUCAGCUGAAGCGCCCAUUCUCUUCGCGAAAGGAUGCGACAUCUUCAUCACAGAAUUGACCAUGCGAGCCUGGAUUCAUGCCGAAGACAACAAGAGAAGGACACUACAGCGAAGUGACAUUGCAGCCGCCUUGGCGAAGAGCGACAUGUUCGACUUCCUCAUCGAUAUUGUCCCGCGAGAAGACAGCGCUGGUCACGGUGGUUCGAAACGGCCCACCACCAGCGGCCAAGGUGCUGCGGCUCCAGUUCCACAGCAGCAACCCCAACAGCAAAUGGCCCCUCCAGACUAUGGCAUGCCACAACAUGGUGCAAUGGGACCCCCGGACCAACAAUACGGAAGGCCACAGAUGUAUCCCGCACAUAUGGGUGGUGAUGCACAACAAGACCCCAAUCAAGGUUACGGCCAGCCCCCUCAGAUGUUCGGUGGAGGCGACAUGUACAACCCUUACACACAGGGACAAUUUGGUGGAGGAGCCCAACAGGUAGGCUGAUGUCCGUCAUGCUUUGUUCCAUAAUGUAGGGUGGUCUCUAUCCUCGACCCACCGAGCUUCUGGGAGUCAUGAUUGAAUCGAGGUAGAUCGAUGACUGACUCUUCCACUGCAGAUGUAUUCGAAUCUUCCAGGACAGAGACCUCAGAGUCAAGGCUAUGGCGGGCCAAGGCCCGGGACCGCAGGACGGAAUGAGCAAGUCAACGAGCCAGGGUAUGGACCCGGUUAGGAGCAGGCGUCCACACAACCAAAGCAGGAGGUGACUAUGCGAAAACGGAAGCGGAAGGUACCUUCGCGAAAGCAGAAGCAGGAGGCGCACGAAGAGACGCAGAGGAUGUUGUAUGGGUUACCCAGAGACGAAAGCCGCCAGAGAGUCAGCGACUGGCUGGAGAGUUGCAGUGAAAGUGAGCUGACAGCACAAGACGCAGCACAGCAGGAAGGAGUUCUUCCCGAUGACUGGACUACCGCAACAUGAAAUUGCCUUGGUUUUAUCCCCACCAGCAACACAUUAUUUGGUCUAUCUUCCACACUGUAUUAUUUGAAGAACAGUAGUACAAGCUAUCACCCGGCCGAACCAGCCAGCCAGCCCUAACGCAAUUAGACGAGCGUGAGGAAUCAGACCUUUUUCACUUCUGGUAGAGUAUCAGUACUCUCCGACUUGAUUGAACAGACCAUCCACCUAUCUUUGGGACAA